AAGCUGGACGACCUACCAAUGACAAAGUUGGAAGAAGAAGUAUUGUGAAUGACGGAAAAGACAUGGCAGCGGCCGGGAGGUUAGUGGUGCAGGCAGUGCGCCCUCACGCCCCAAUGAUAAAGUUCCCUAAUCGUCGGGGUAUACCGAGCCCAAAUGUGGAAGAGGUACUGCAGAGUACAGGUAUUAGCAUGGCAUCGAGUUCAUUCAUGAAUUCAUCGGCCAAAUCAGCUCCUACCCAAAUCAGCUACAUUCAGCGUCCGUCUGGUCCACCUGACAGCGUCGCCACCAUCCGAGAACUGCCAAUGAAGUACCGCAGACGAGUGCUGGCCGUGGAGGAAAUGGAUUACAUACAGCGUGGAGGGCCCGAGUGACAUUUGACCUUUGAACCUAACAUGUCGUUGUGGAAAUGUGUCAACAGAAUGCUGGCGUCCAAAGAUAGAAUAUUUUUAUGCACGUUGACCGUUUAAAAAAAAUACUAACAGUUUGAUCAUAUGCUGGAGGGAAUUUAAAGUAAUGUUGCCUUUGCCAUAAGCACAGUGUACAUAAUAUUAUAUUCAUUAGAUAGAUUAAUUGACCAAUAUUAAACAUUUGAAAAUGCAUCUGUUUAUGUUGUGGCCUACAGUCAAAUAUUCAAAUAUCUAAUUUCCAAGAAAAUGCAAGUGCUUUUUGCAAUUUUCAUGUGAAUGUGUCCCAAGUUUAUAUGUCAUCCUACGUGGUUAUGAAUAUGUCCAAUAAAUUCUAAAUUGUCAAAUGCAGAACUGUA